AUGACGGCAGUAGCGAAGAACGCCCCACAGCUACGCAUUCAGCCGGCCUGGCUUCAACAUGAUAGACAGGUCCUGCGAUAUUACGCCUACUUCCAAGAGCCUGUGGUGGAAUCCCCUGUGGAGAACUUCAGGGUCAGGAAAUGUACGAUACUGUACUACCUCGAGGACGGCUCCCUGCAUAUACUCGAACCUAGGGUCCUCAACAGUGGCCUCCAGCAGGGGGCCUACUUGAAGCGCCAUAGAGUGCCCAACGGUGAAGGGGAGUAUUUUGGGCCGGAGAACCUACGUUGUGGUAUCACCAUCAGCGUCUACGGGCGGAAGUUCAUGAUUACUUCUUGUGAUAAGUUCACGAGGGACUUCUACACUGAACACGGACUGGACCUAG